AUGGGAAUGGAAGCUGAUAUGAGUAUAGCAUAUGGGUACAAGACAAAGCAACCUUCAUCACUCUUGAGCUCCAUUUUCAUGUCCACAGCUAACGCAGCAGCAAAGACGCUGGUUUCUGUGUCAAAAACCCAACAGACGGAGAAGUGGAAGGCCAUGGAUCAUAUGCGGUUCAUGGUCAUGCUAAUCACUUGGCUCACUCUCUGGGUUCUUAGGGUUUUAAUGGAUUACUUGCCUUCCUCAUCAAUACCCUAUUCUCCCCAAUAUCUCCUUGGAUUCGUUGGAUCAUUGGCCUUACCAGGACCCUCAUCAUCAUCAUCUUCUUCUUCUUUUCCUUCGCUGGAUUUGGUUGUUCAUGAAGGACUUGAUGGACCCUCAGUUCAAGCCCUUGGUAGAGCACUUUCACAAAUCCUUGCACUACUGAACGAGAUCCCAGCCACGUCGAGGAAAUACCAAUUUACGAUGGCAAUGGCUGAUAGGAUAAUGGAAGAGAAUGCUAGAUUUGGUCACAUGGAGCUUCUCCAGAUCAAUCGGAUGACUCUAGCUUCAGCGUUUGCACAUACCUCAAAUCUUCUAUGUGAAACUCUCAAACGCACGGUAACAGACUAUGAUCAUCAUGAUAACAACAAUGGCACAUGGAGCACAAGCUUAAUCCGAAUGCUUCCGAUGUGUUCUUACUUGUCUUCCUAUAUGAAAGGACUUGGUGUUUGCGUAAAUGCUAUAAGGUCUAUGGUAGCAAAAGUUGGGACAUGUCAUGAGUUACAAAAGAAGGGGCAACUGGGGGGAAUAGGCCGUGAGACUGAUCAGGGUGAAGUGGAGGAGGUGAUGGCAGAGAAACUAGCUCAGGAGUUGUUGUGGAUAACAACCAAGGUUAAGGAUUAUGGGACUGUGGAUGAUGCUUUGGUGCAAUGGAGCUUUGCCUCUGAUCUAGCAUCUCUCUCCCUCACAACUAUUAAUGUUAGGGUCCAGGGCUUCAUUGUCAAGAUCUCAGCCAUAUUAUUUCGAGAUCUCAUUGGAGAAGACUUGAAAAUUUCAAGGCAAGUGAAGUUCAGAUUGCUAUUGUUUUGGCUACCAUUAUUUUGCCAUGCAAGCAACGGGUUGACAUAUCCCGUGUUGACAAGGUUUGAAAAGAUGGAAGUAGAGAGCGCAAUAGAUGAAGUACUCUCCAGCUUACCAGCAUCGGAUCAAGAAGUUAUCCUCACAAAUUGGCUGCAAGAUUUUGCCAUAGCAGCUUCAGACUGGCCGAAUCUUCAAUUUUCUUAUGAUAGAUGGUGUCAAACUAGUCGUAAAGCCGCCUUCCACUUUAUUUCCCCGACUGUUUCGCUUCCAACCAAUUUGGUUAUCUCAUAUCCCUCUUUCCCGCAUUUGGUUCGAGAUGUUUGGACUAAUGCCCCGAACCUCCAAUUGGCCAUUGAUCAAUUCAGCUCUAAAGCGAAGGUCUGGAACAAGGAUCACUUUGGGGACUCAGUCAAAAAGGUAACCAGGGAGGCUUUCUCUUCUUGCAAAAUUCCUGAGUUCCUUAAUCAGACUCUGGUAAUGCUCAUUCCUAAGUGCCCCAGUUCGGAACAGCUCAGCAAUUACAAACCUAUUAGUUUGUGUAAUAUUGUGUAUAAGAUGAUUACUAAAAUCAUUGUUACGCGUAUUAGACCUAUCCUCUCUAACUUGGUCUCUCCUCUCCAAACUACUUUUGUCCUGGGGAGAAAGGGGGUGGAUACUGCCAUUAUUGUUCAAGAAAUGAUCUACACCAUCUUUAGAAAAAAAGGUAGAUAUGAGGUUAUGGCUAUUAAGAUUGAUUUUGAAAAGGCAUAUAAUAGAUUGGAGUGGGGGUUUAUCCGAGAUACACUUCAUCUUUUUCAGUUCCCAAACCAGCUCAUAUCUCUAAUUGUGUCUCAACCUCCUCAGUUUCAAUGCUUUUCAAUGGAGGUGCCCUAA